GCUGUCAGAAAUUGAGUUUGCUCUCCCCCAGUUCAACUCGCCGUUGGCAGAUUCUACGCUACGCUCUCAGUGCGGCGCAUAUCUUGAGAGAACUAACGUUAGCGGCGGAGGAGAAUCUUCACAGAAACGAUUUGGUACCGUGUUGUUACCCGAGCCCGGCCAUGGACGAACAGGCAGGGCCCGGCGUCUUUUUUAACAAUAAUAACAACUCGAUAUUGCAAAGUGGAGGAAAAGGACCACUGCCCGAAGGCGAUGGAGGGGAGGCGGUAAGGGCUCAGUACAGUAUCCCGGGGAUCUUGCACUUCCUGCAGCACGAAUGGGCCCGUUUUGAAGUGGAACGAGCACAAUGGGAGGUGGAGCGGGCCGAAUUACAGGCUCAGAUAGCCUUCCUGCAGGGGGAGAGGAAGGGCCAGGAGAAUCUGAAGAAGGACCUGGUGCGGCGGAUAAAGAUGCUGGAGUAUGCGCUGAAGCAGGAGAGGGCGAAGUAUCACAAGCUAAAGUAUGGCACUGAGCUUAAUCAAGGCGACAUGAAGCCCCCCAGCUACGACUCUGACGAGUGCAAUGAAAAUGAGGCUCCCAAGUCCCUGAACAACCAGCUGUCCUGGAAGCAGGGCAGACAGCUCCUCAGACAGUACCUGCAGGAGGUGGGCUACACGGACACCAUCCUGGACGUGAAGUCCCAGCGUGUACGUGCCCUGCUGGGCCUAGCAGGAGACCGCAGCACCGGUGGGGGUGGAGAGGACCAAGGAGGUGACCGAUCGUCACAGGAACCCUUGGUCAAUGGCACGGACACCAAGCCCAAGGGCGCCAGCACUGGCGGGAAAAGCCAGCUGUCAGACUCGAGUGCUGUGCUGGAGGCCUUCAAAUUCAUCGAGAGCGCGGCUGCUGAAUUCAGCGAUGAGGACGACGACGAGGAUAGUGAUGGGAAGGACCGGACCAUCAUGGACUCCGGCACGAUUGUGAGGAAGAAGCCCUCCUCCUCCUCCUUACCAGCCAUGUCUCCCUCCAAGGACGGCGGCGAGGACAUGGACACGGAGGAGGCCCUGAAGGACUUCGACUUCCUGUCCAGCCCGGACGAGAUGGACACGUCGCCCGACCUCAGGAGCUCAGGCGACGGCACUGACUGGGAGAAAGAGGAUCACCCUAUGGGGGAGGCCUGGGACGUGGACCAGGGCUUGAUAACCAAACUCAAGGAGCAGUACAGGAAAGAGCGCAAGGGCAGAAAGGGGGUGAAGAGGCCCAACCGCUCCAAGCUGCAGGACAUGCUGGCCAACCUGCGGGACUCUGAGGAACCGCCCCCCAUCCAGCCCCCCGUCACCCCACCGUCACGGCCCAGCGUCCCGCGGCUCAGCGAGCACGAUGGUGGCCGCCCGGACGAAGGUAAAGUGGAGCUGACCUUCCCCCCCACCUCAGGGAAGUCCUUCAUCAUGGGGACAGACGAGACCACUGAGAGCGAGCUGGGCCUCGGGGAGCUGGCAGGACUCACGGUGGCCAACGAGGCUGACAACCUCACCUACGACAUCGCCAACAAUAAGGAUGCCUUGCGGAAGACGUGGAACCCCAAGUUCACCCUGCGCAGCCACUUUGACGCCAUCAGGGGGCUAGCCUUCCAUCCGGUAGAACCGGUUCUUGUCACAGCGUCUGAGGACCACACGCUCAAAAUGUGGAACCUCCAGAAAACGGCACCCGUCAAGAAUAGGAGUGCCUCUUUGGAUGUGGAGCCCAUCUACACGUUUAGGGCCCACCGGGGUGCGGUGCUGUGUGUGGUGAUGAGCAGUACAGGUGAUCAGUGUUUCAGUGGAGGCCUGGACGGCACCAUCCAGAGCUGGAACACCCCCAGCCCCACCAUCGACCCCUACGACUCUUACGAGCCCUCAGUCCUGCGGGGGGCGCUGUGUGGCCACACAGACGCAGUGUGGGGAUUGGUGUACAGCAGCGCUCACCAGCGCCUGCUCUCCUGCUCGGCCGACGGCACCGUCCGGCUCUGGAACGCCUCCAACACCAGCCCCGCCCUGGCCGUCUUCAACGAGGACAAGGAGCUGGGCAUCCCAUCCUCUGUGGACCUGGUGUGCAGUGACCCAGCCCACAUGGUCACCUCCUUCAGCAACGGCAGACUGGGCCUCUUCAACAUGGAGACCCGCCAGCUGGUCCUGAACCUGGAGUCCACAGUGGAGCCAGGUUCUCUCUGUCAGAUCAAUAAAGUGCUGAGUCACCCAACCCUGCCCAUCACCAUCACCGCCCAGGAGGACCGCCACAUCAAGUUCUACGACAACAACACAGGGAAGCUGAUCCACGCCAUGGUGGCCCAUUUGGAUUCCGUCACGAGCCUAGCUGUUGAUCCAAAUGGACUGUAUCUGAUGUCGGGAAGCCACGACUGCUCCAUCCGCCUGUGGAGCCUGGAGAACAAGACGUGCAUCCAGGAGUUCACCGCCCACCGCAAGAAGUUCGAGGAGUCCAUCCACGACGUGGCGUUCCACCCCACCAAGUGCUUCAUCGCCAGUGCCGGGGCCGACGCUCUCGCCAAGGUCUUCGUAUGACCUGGGACUUGGGACUCCGCCUCCGACUCUGCCUCGAUGAGUCCGGCUCCCGGAAGCAAAGUCACCUCAGGACACGCACCUACACUGGGGAUGGGGUCAGAUUGGAUGGUGGGGGGCAGAGCCAUGAUG